GGCAUACCAUUCUCAAAUAAAGGAUUACUCCCAAUCCGUGGGCAACAUGGCCAUUCUGCCCAUCCGGACGCAGGCCCGUGGACCUGCACCAGUGAACACUAGCCUGGAGCAGGACAUUAUCGAUGAAACGCUGUACUACUUCAAAGCCAAUGUGUUCUUUCGCACGUACGAGAUCAAAUCGGAGGUGGACCGGGUGUUGAUUUACAUCACCCUGUACGUGACGGAGUGCCUGAAGAAGUUGCAACGAUGUUCGAACAAAAACCAAGGACUGCAGGAAAUGUACACGCUGGCCAUUUCGCGCUUUGACAUUCCGGGCGAAGCGGGCUUUCCCCUGAAUGCCGUUUACGCAAGGCCUAGCUCGCCCGCCGAAGCCGAACUGAUGAGACAGUAUUUGCAGCAGUUGCGACAGGAGAUUGGCAUUCGUGUUUGCGAGCGAGUAUUUUCGGGUGAGGACGGUAAGCCGAACAAAUGGUGGCUAUGCUUCGCGAAGAAGAAGUUCAUGGACAAAUCGCUGUCCGGACCGGGACAGUAAG